CCUGCGCAGGCUUGGCGGCGGCCGCGCGCUCCCCGGGUUCUCCAGCAUUCGACUCUCCCCUGGCCACGUUGCAGGAGGGAGGCCGAGAUGGCUGACGAGAUCGCCAAGGCUCAGGUCGCCCAGCCUGGCGGUGAUACAAUCUUCGGGAAGAUCAUCCGCAAGGAAAUCCCUGCCAAAAUCAUUUUCGAGGAUGACCGGUGCCUUGCUUUCCAUGACAUUUCCCCUCAAGCACCAACGCAUUUUCUGGUGAUCCCUAAGAAGCAUAUCUCCCAGAUUUCUGUAGCAGAAGAUGACGAUGAAAGUCUUCUUGGACAUUUAAUGAUUGUCGGCAAGAAGUGUGCUGCCGACCUGGGCCUGAAGAGAGGCUACCGGAUGGUGGUGAAUGAGGGUGCAGAUGGGGGGCAGUCUGUCUACCACAUACACCUGCACGUUCUUGGCGGUCGCCAGAUGAACUGGCCUCCUGGCUAGACAUGUGGGAUAAUCUCCCCUUCUCUAGGUAACAUUAUCAGUACAGUUUAUGUUUGCCUGUGUAUGCAGAGGUUGAAGGAAUAAUUUUGGAAAGCUAUGCCUAAUAAAAGACAAUGUUGCAUGGUUUUGCAGUCUGAAUUAA